CGCGCUGAAGUGACGUCACACCAUUCAACGCCGCAGAGGAGAUUGACAAAUAGUUUACAAACAAGCUUUUUUUUAUGAAAACAAAGACUCAAACAAAACGCCCGCUUGUAAAUGAUCUGAGACCCACGUAAGGACCGGAAAAGUGUGACAAACACUUCGGGCAGUCUGCUGCGUCGAAGAAAGUCUUGAUGAGAAAGGAACCCUGUUCAAGACAACCUGAUCCAGCAAGAUGCCUCUUGAGACCUUCGCCGUCAAGGAAAGCAAUAGCUCAUCCUGUCCCGGUACCCCAACGAAAAACUCGUCUUCAGCUAUGGCCCAAGCCAUGAACGUCGCCAUGAGCUCCGUGCCGUCUCGCAUCUCGUGCCGCGUCCGAAACGCCGGGAGGGAAUACUUGCAACACAAUGAGACCUGCCAGUGGAUACAGUUUAUGACCGAGGACACUCCUGACCUGUCCGACAGGAAAAGACUCCGCCCUGGAUCAGGCAGAAACAACCACAUUUUCGGUGAGGCCAAGCCGGAUCCAAAAGAGGAAGUGUAUAACCACGAGGCUGCACUCCUGGAGGCGAAGCCUAUUGAAAGCCCCGUGAAAACGGCGGAAGUGACAGUAAGUGAGGCCCAGCUGAAUGUAAGUCUUGACACUGUCCUCGUCUGCUGCGAGAAACCGAAACCAACGCCCGAGAUUUCGCUUUCAAUGCCAGCUGUGCCGGAACCACCAAAGCAGGUGCCCCAACCUCAAAUUCCUAACAUCGAUGAGUACCAACAUUCAGUGAAACAUCUUGUCAAGUCUCGAAGGUUAAAGGGGUGUGUGGCUAACACUUGCGCCUUGCGAGACGAGGGAACUAUUGGCAGUUUGAUUUGGCAGACGGACAUGACUAAACAUCCACUUCACAAGAGCCCCCCUUACCUCUACAGAAGAAUACAGCACAUGGGCGAUAAUGAAGAGCUUAUCAACAGCACCCAAAACCAAUGCAAAGAGCACCAUGAUGUCAGCCGGGACAACGAUUGGUCAGAUGAAGUAUCGGUGUUAGAAAGGUCGCCCUAGGUCUUAAGCUGGAGAGAUCACCCCCCACAGUCACCCAAGGCGUCUCAAGUUGGUGUUGUUGACAACAUCUGAAAAAUGAAUCCAUCAAAAACCGAAUGUUGGCAGUACAGGCCUAUUUUUUUAUGUUUAACCAUCAGGAUAUAACAAUUGUAAAAAAAGAAAAGCAACUAACUCUUUAAAAUGAAAAUUGAGAAAAGCCAUAAA